CAUCGAUCCACCAAGUUUCGACUCUGCCAAGGGCAAUCCUUAAGCAGUACUCACCAUUCUACAUGGUCUUUUCGUGCUGACUCAACCGGUUCAUUGACGUGUUCCAGAUGCAUCCUUGUCUAUCCGUCCCCGAGAUCUUCGCCCUCAUAUGCGACUGCUUUACUCUAUCCGAUCGAUGUCACUAUCGCGAGCGCAGUCGCAACAGAAAGACUCUAAAGAGCUUGACCCUAUGUCAAAGAAGCUUCUACGACGCGGCAUUGGCUACCCUAUGGCAGGACCAGCCUCUCACGUCGUUGCUGCGAAGUCUUCCACCGGACGUUUACAAGGAUGGAAACAAAGCGCAGGAUUUCGUUGUUGUCCGUCAGAUCACACUCCACGAUAUCGAGCGCUUCACAUUCUACACGGCACUGAUACGCCGACUGUCUACAUUAAACCUUCGGAUAGAUCGGUCCUGCCUGAUCGCUCUACGCGACGUCUGUCCUCAACCGCUCCUUCCCAACUUGCGCUUCCUGCUAUGGAAACCCUCUGAGGCCGCGCCCGUCCAUCUGAGGUCGAUGCUAUUGGCUCCCGGGCUUCUUUGCCUUGAACUCCAUUUACCUGCAACGGACGAGGCUAUGUUGAUGGUUCCUCAUCUGCACGAGUCCUGUCCCGAAAUUCAAGAGUUCGCUCUAUGGCCUAAACGUACUGGAGACGAGAAAGUGGGAGGGCUUGGUAUAGCAUCCAGUCUCACGCGUCGCUGGGAUAACCUCACAGUAUUCCGUGUACCACACGUGAAUGCUGACGAUCUCCCAUACCUCGCGUCACUUCCUCGGCUAAUGAAACUAGCUUUCGGAUACUGCUAUGGCGACUCAGCAUCCGUCCCAUCCAUCCCGUCCCCCGCUUUCACUGCCCUGCAAUCGCUUACAAUAAAUCAGGAGCGUAUAGAGUAUAGCAUAGCCCUCCUGCGCGCCUUGCUUCCACAAAGCAUGAAGCUCAACGAACUCUGUCUCAGAUGGGACGAAGGGAGCCAGGCCGAAUGGCCCGCUCUCAUCGCAGCCAUAGCGCACAGCUGCCACCAUCCCAGUCUGAAGCGCCUUAGGCUCUACGACAAGGGCCAGUCCCUGAGCUUGGAGUUCGCAGACGAAUACCUCCCUUGGCCUGGAGCGCUGGACUUUGCUACCAUGCAGCCCCUCGCCUCCUUCUCGAACCUCAUCGAAUUGUCCUUCAUCUGCCCGAGGUCAUACGUCCUCACCGACGAUGACCUCCAGUGUCUGGCGGAAGCAUGGCCCCUCAUGGAGAGCCUGCACCUGAGGACAGAAUCAAAUCAUCAUUCUCGACGCCCUCAAUAUCUCACCGCCCGCGCUCUCGUCGACGUCGCGUGGCUGUGCCCGUGCUUGCAGAGGCUCAGCCUCGACUUCGAUGCUAGUACGAGCGGGCUCGAUGAUGUCUCACUCGAUCUGCUAGCCCAAAGUUGGCUCGCGAACGUCCAUCAGCACCCGCUCUCCUGGCUGAACGUGGGCUACUCGCGGAUUUCCGACGCUCCCGCGGUCGUCAACCUUUUUUCCUUCGUCUUCCCCACUCUUCUACAUCUCGUAUGGUACACCAACACGCGAGCCCAGGAAUACGGCGGUGAAGACUAUCUACAGGAAGUCGCUCGUGUGUCGAGGUGGAGAGAGGUUGAGUCUGAGGUCGAAAUAUAGACCUGUCAGAGAAGUACCCAGUGUCACUGUUCAAUGACUCAUUAUAGUGAUCACAGCGUACGAAGGAGUGUACGUGACGAUGAAGAGCCUGGCGCGCGCUUGAUCGGGGCUUUGGUGGAGCGGCAUGUAUACAACUAAUGUUGCCUAGGAGUCUGUGCAUCCUCUCCUUCCUUACAUGCGCAGCAUCUCUAGGAUAUGAGAUGGCGUGCAUAUGCAGAUAGGACAGUGUCUGCAAAUCCCUUCCUGGAGUUGCCGAGGCUAAUUCAUAAGAGCGUCU